CGGGGACCGGCCCUGCGGGGCGCGGCGGGGAACUGCUGCGGUGCGGCGCUGCACGGGGGGCCGCCUGCUCCCAGGAGCGAGUGUGGGUUGCUGGGUUUGUACCCCGUGUGUAGCGUUUGCUUGAAAAAGGCCUGUAUCGGUGUGACAGGGGCGGCGGUACCUCAGCGUAGAAACACCUUUCUGAAAGCGGGCUGAAACCCGGGAACGCGGACUGGCAGGCCUCCCACUGCCCGACUUUUCAAGGAAACAAAUCACUGUACUUUUUUUUGUGCUAAAAACCAGGAUAUUACUUAGUCGUCUGGACUUUUUCCUCUGAGCAGAAGCGAGGCCCCACCCUGAAUUCAGGCAGCUCACAUAGCGGUUUGUGCAAUGAAACCUCAAAGGAUUCUUAAAGAGGAGGUUUACUUCCCUGCCUUUAGCUUCUCCGGUGUUGUCUUCCUCUGGGCAACUGCUGUCACAGUGUUUCUUAUUUUCUGUCGGCUCUACGUUUGCGAGUAAUGCUAUUUCUGACAGAAUAAGGGUACAAUACGUUAUUCUGGGCAGCUACCAUGUGUCUGAGCUGUGUCAUCAUGCCAGAAAACUGAUGUUUAACUAACAAUGGCAUCCUCACUGAACCUGAAGGAAGCCACUGGCAAUCAAAGUUCAUGGGAUACUUUGCUACCAGAUUUCCCUAAAGGACCGCUUUGCAAAUAUCGUAAGAAAGCUUCCUUCAACUGGAAGGAGAUGGCAGUGUUACUAGAUGGUGAAGAUAUCAUCCGGCUUAAGAAUAGAAUCUUCUCUGCUCUGGAAAGUGAUCCUCUCUUUGCACAUCAUCCUGGGGAAGAUUUAUGCCGUGAGAAAUAUCAGGAGCUGACAUUCCUGCGCUGUAAAAGGCUCUUUGAAUAUAAUUUUCUUACUCAGCAAGAGAUCAUAGAGAACCCAUUAAAGAUAUUUAAUAUGAUGAUCUGCAUAGGAAUGUACGAUUGGUCUCCAUGUCUCCAGUAUUUCUUACAUUGCGGUGUAUUUGCAGGUACAAUUUUGAGUGCUUCUAUGAGAUUUGCAGACUUUGUGAAACAAGUUUAUAGCAUGGAGAUUUUUGGAUGUUUCGCUCUGACUGAACUCAGCCAUGGAACUAAUACCAAAGGCAUACGGACUACUGCCACAUUUGAUCGUAGCACUCAGGAAUUUAUUAUCCAUACUCCAGACUUUGAAGCUGCAAAGUUCUGGGUUGGUAAUAUGGGGAAACAUGCCACUCAUGCAGUUGUGUAUGCCCAGCUCUAUACUCCUGAUGGACAGUGCCAAGGAUUACAUUCCUUUAUUGUGCAGAUUCGAGACACAAAAACUCUCCUACCAAUGCCAGGUGUGAUGGUAGGUGACAUAGGAAAGAAACUUGGGCAGAAUGGGUUGGAUAAUGGAUUUGCAAUGUUCCACAAUGUCAGGAUACCUAAAGAAAACAUCCUGAAUAUAGCUGGAGAUGUCACAGCUGAGGGAAAGUACUCAAGUUCAGUCAAGGACGUUAAAGAGCGUUUUAGUGCAGCUCUGGGAUCCUUGUCCACUGGCAGAAUUCUGAUCACAGCAUUUUCCACGACCAAUUUAAAGCUUGCGUUAUCAAUAGCCAUUCGCUUCUCAGCAGCUCGCCGUCAGUUUGGACCAACUGAUGGUGAAGAACUACCUGUUCUUGAAUACCAAACACAGCAAUGGCGUCUACUUCCUUAUCUAGCUGCUGCAUAUGCCUUAGAUUAUUUCUCCAAAUCCCUGUUUGAGAAUUUCGUAGAAUUUUAUGCAGGCGUAUUGACAAAGCAAAGGAGUCAGAGACAGGUUGAUUUGGGACGUGAGAUUCAUGCCUUAUCUGCUGCCAGCAAACCACUGUCAUCUUGGACUGCUCAGCAAGCAGCCCAGGAAUGCCGAGAAGCUUGUGGAGGGCAUGGUUACCUUGCCAUGAAUCGUCUGGGUGAAAUCCGAAAUGACAAUGAUCCAAACUGCACAUAUGAGGGAGAUAACAAUGUCCUGCUUCAGCAAACCAGCAACUACUUAAUGAGGUGGAUGAAUUACAUAAGAGAUAAAGCUCCUUUUGAAUCCCCUUUUGGAACAGUAAACAUUUUGCAAGACUACCAUCAUAUCCUUGGCUGGAAAUUCACAGCUGUUAGUGUUGAAGAUUGCAUGGACUCCUCAGUUCCUUUAGCAGCAUAUAAAUGGCUGGUUUGCUACCUGCUCAGAGAAAGUGAUCUAAAGCUGAACAAGGAGAAGCAGUCUGGGCGAAAUGAUUUUGAGGCAAAAAACAACUGUCAGGUGUACUACUGUCGAUCAUUAGCCAUUGCUUUUAUUGAACAAACAGUCUUACAAAGAUAUCAUGACUACACUCAUGAUCCCAACAUACCACCUACCCUGCAGCCAGUGCUUAAGAAUCUCAGUGCUUUGUAUGGACUCUGGUCUUUAAGUAAACACCUGGCCGUGCUCUACCAAGGUGGCUAUGCUUCAGGUGAACAAGCUGGUAGAUUUAUUCAGAAUGCUAUUCUGGAGCUCUGCUACAGGUUGAAAGAUGAUGCAGUUGCCCUGGUUGAUGUCUUUGCUCCUCCUGACUUCAUUCUCAACUCUCCCAUUGGUAAAGCUAGUGGAGAGUUAUAUAAAAAUAUGUGGGCAGAGAUCCUUCAAGGCAGCAAAGCUCUGAACAGACCUUCAUGGUGGGCAGAAUUUUGUAUUAAUAAACCUGUUACAUGCAGGCUGAAGUCAAGACUGUAAACCAAGCAACUUGUAAGAAGCUGGAUGGGCCUGAGAUGGAUACUGUGUUUCAAACAUCAGGAGGAAAUGAGACCAUGUGUCAAACACUGCAAAUGAAAGAAAUUUUCAUAGAGAAGUGCCAAGUCUUAAAAUAACUUUGAAAUCAAGUCCAACUUGGUCUCAAGGACUGUUAACAUAAUGGCAGGAGCAAAAGCAACACUUCUACACACUAUUCAUAUUUACUCAAUUAUAUACAAAAUAUGAAGAUUUAUUAUGAUCACUACAAAGUUUCUAUAAAAGAAAUGUUCCAAUCAGUCUCUUGACUUUACUUGUCAUAUUACAGAAGUUAAAUGAUUAAAAAAUAUUUCCCACCAGGGGUUAUGAAUAAUUUGAACAAAAGCAAAAACAAUUUAGGACAGGCCAGACAGAAGCUUUAUUAACUGUGAUCAUAGUGAGAGAACAUUGAGAGAGUAUCUCCCCCGCAGCUGGCCUGUUCUCAGCCAACUGUUUGCAAAGACCCAACCUGUAUGCUGUUUGAGAAAAAAGAGGAAAAGGUGAGGAAAAGCAUUCACUUCAAUGUUAUCAAAGCCAGGUAUCCUUCCCUGGAGGCAAAGAUUCCUUAGGUAGCUUGCUAACUGCCGCAGUUCUAAGGAAUCAAACAGUAAAUAACAUUAUGAAGAGAUGGCUCUUGAUGGAGCCUGUGUUAGUGGCACAGUGUUUUCUUGCCUCAGAAGUGGGAAGUUGGAACCAAUCUAAAAGUAGUUAGCUUUUAGUCCAGAGGAAUGUUCUUUUAGUAAAGAUAAUUUCUUAGUCAGACCUCUCAAUCCUAAAUUUUAAUAAUUUUACCACCACAAGUUCAAGGUCAAUGAAAGAUGAUCACCCUCAACACACUUCAGUACAAAAAAGUGAACAAGCAAACAAAACCCCCAAAAUGCUAAAACUGUUGUUUAUCAUCCCAUUGUAAAAAUGGAUAAAAACUGUCUUGUUAAACCUUACCUGUAUUUUUUUCCUCUGAACUUCAUUUUCUUUGCCAGAGAUAAGUGUUGCCUGUUCUUUUUCUGCCUCUCUUCUAAUAAGCUAUAUGAAUUAUGGCAUAAUUCAGGAUGCCCCAAUAGAAGCUGUUUGUCUAGCUAUUGAACUCUAGGCAACAGUCAAAACUUUAGCUGCCUUUGCUGAAAAAAUCCCAGAAUAAAGUGUUUAUUUUCUUUGAA